AUGGACCCCCGAGAACGCUGUCACAAAGUACUCUGCACCAUUCCCCUGUUGCGAGAGAUAUGUGUUCUCCAUAAUCUCGGCUCUCUCAUGUCUGUAUUUGCUCCGUUGGAGAUGUUGCAAGAUAUACCCAGAAAAAGCCCGGUCACGGUAUCCAGCGAACCUGGUCUUGGCCUAGGUAAAAAGGUUACAGAUCUUGAUGAUCCAGUUUCCAGAGCAAACUUCCGUGUGCUUCUUAUAAGGCCGGCAGAGGUUGAACGUCUACACUUUGCCGAUCAGGAAGAUGGCAAGAGAUGGAGUUGGAAGUUAACGGGAGGUAGCUGUGAUGAGGAUGCUGAAUGGCAUAAUUUGUACACAAUAGUCUGGAAAGAACAUUGUUCUAUCGCUGCUCCUGAAUCUGGUCACAGUUUCGUAACGAAUCGUAACUGA